UUACUUAUAUUUCUUACAUAGCUAUAACCACCAUCCUCAUUAACACAAUAAAGUACAACCAAGAUGAAAAAUAAUUACAAAUUAUCUUGGAGAAUGCCAAAAUUUCUCAGCACAUAUUUGCAGAUUCCUUGAGAUCUAUGACCCAGUUUGUUAAACAGUUCACUUAACCACUUUAUGUUUUAGUAUUCAAAUAAAAACAUUGCUAAUAAUGAUAUCUCCUCUUGAGUACUAAUUAAUAAAGAAAAACUACAAAUGUUUUUCAAUAAAGUUGAGGUACAUGUUACUUUUAUAAUUUCCUUUAGGAGUUGUGGGUGGGUUGAGUACCAAUGCAGCUUCAUCACAAUUUAAGUUAUUAGUUUUGAGUUUGUCUUUCCUGUGAUUUCAGGAUCUUUACUCAUUUAUUGUCUUCAUUUUAGUAUAAAUUUUGCUUUUGAAAAACAUUCAAAUUUUAAUUGACGUGAGAAAUUGAAAUAAAAUAAAUGGCAGGGAUAGAAGUUGGGGAUCGUUAGGGUUCUUUCCAGAUUGUAUUACUCUAAUGCAGGUGUCAGCACACUUUUUCUGUAAAGGGCCAGAUAGUAAAUAUUUAGGCCUUAGGAACCUGGCUCAACUCUGCUUUUUUAGUGCAAAAGCAACCAUUGACAAUACAUAAAUGAAUGAGCAUUGCUAUUUUCCAAGAAAACUUUUUUUUUUUUUUAAAUACAAAAACAGGCAGCAGGUCUUAGUUUGCUGACUCCUGUGCUACGCAUAUUUUGGAUGACACUGCCUAUGUGAACAAGGGCUCACUUAUUUAUUUUUUUAAGUGGAGAUCUUAAUGGCCCUCUAUUGGUGGCUUUUCCCACCACUGUACAAUUUACACGUCCUGAAAAGCCUGUUAAUAUACCAGUUAUAAUAUUGCUGCUUUCUUAUUUUCCAAUAUCUAAGCUCUUUGACCUGUGGACUCUGCCCAACCUGUUCCUGAGCCAAGGUAUUUAAUAAUCCUAUUCUUGGAUGGGAAUUAAUCUGUCUUUUUAGUCCAGUAAUCAGGUGCCUAUAUUGAGUCCAUAAGUGCCAACAAGCUGUAAUUUUCCCCUACCAUUGCCACUCUGUUUGCUCAGAUUGAAGAUUGAUAAUAUGUCUAAUACUAGCAAACUUUUUUUUCCUGGGUUCUGGUGGGACUAUAGCUUCUUACACCCAAGCAGGGAGUCUUUAUGCUCUUGCGCUUUCAUAUAUAGGGUGAAUCUCAAGGAAACACACUAUUCCCACCAGCUGUCUUUUUUUUUUCCUUUUUUUUUUUUUUUUUGAGAUGGAGUCUUGCUCUGUCGCCCAGGCUGGAGUGCAGUGGCGCGAUCUCAGCUCACUGCAAGCUCCGCCUCCCAGGUUCACGCCAUUCUCCCGCCUCAGCCUCCCUAGUAGCUGGGACCACAGGUGCUCACCACCACGCCCAGCUAAUUUUUUGUAUUUUUAGUAGAGACGGGGUUUCUCCGUGUUAGCCAGGAUGGUCUUGAUCUGCUGACCUCGUGGUUCCCCCGCCUUGGCCUCCCAAAGUGCUGGGACCACAGGCGUGAGCCACCGCGCCCGGCCCCCACUAGUUGUCUUUAAGUACCGCCACUACACGAAGAUUCUUUCCAUAGUGUGCCUUCUACCAGAUGAGAUUAUCUAGAAACUGGUAGUAGCCUGGAUCAAAGCUAUAUUCUUCUUCAUAACCGCUUGGAUACUCUAAUAUGGCUGCUAGAUACCUUUCUUUGAGGCAAACUGAUUCUCCCAGCCCCAACCCUGCCUAUUCCCAGCUAUUAAUUAUUUUGCCUAGGGCCCAUCAAUCCUUACACCUGAAAUCAAUCUUCUCUUACUCAAGUGACAAACAAAUUAAAGGAGCAAUAACUUUAAGAUAACUUCCUGAAAAAUAAUUGGAGGCUUUAUAUUGGCUUAUUUUCUUCCCCUUCAUUGUUUCUUACUUUUUUCUUCCUUACCUUUCUUCUUUCCUUCUUUUAUUUCUUUAGUAAUUGAUGUAUGAAAAACAGAAUAAUUACAAUCUUGACCGUUCUUUCUUAUAUAUAGCCCACUACUUUUAUGUUAAUGUAUUUCUGAUAACAUACCUGAGAGCUGAAAUUAUGUAUUACAGUCACUUCCUAAAAUUAUGGUUCCUGCUUGUGUCCUACUUCUUUCAGGCCCCAUACACCAGUAGUCAGGGGAGAUUCUUCCCUGCUUUGGAGUCUGAUAGAGAUGGAGUUGUACAGCCAGCAUCCGGAGAUAAUAAAUUUAGAAUUACCACUUUCUAAAAGGAAGAUUAGGGAUUUGAUAGCUGCUGACUUUAUCCACAGUCUUAAAUAUGUAAGCCCAACCUGCUUGGGUAGUACUCAGGGAAAGGCAAACCAUUUCUGCUUUCCUCUGGACCAUGCAUCAAGAGGGACCUAGCAGAUCUUUUUUCAGUCUUUGUGAUGAGCCUCUCCUGUCUUCAAAUGGCCUGGUAUUUUCCAGCGUUGUUAGGGUAGGAGGGGGAGGAACGUUUUGUGAGAACAGCUUUAAGAUUGGAGGAGGCUGGACCAGUACACCUGUGUGACCCAUAGGUGCAGUUAGGAGAGCAAACCCAUGAGUUUGUGAGAUGCUUCUGUGUUCUCCUAGCUUGUGAGCAUGCUCUGUCGUGUGGUGGAAACCAGACUAUUUCCUUUAACAGUAACAGCUCAGAGGCAGUAUUAUGAGCAUUUGAAAUCAUUAUUCAACAAAAUAUGUCAAAAAAAUCAAACUCAGAAAAGGAAAUUAAUAUAGGAUAUCAUAGUUUAAUGAAAGAUCACAUGAGUUGCUUCAAAGUUGAAUGUGUUGAAGUUAAUGACUGCCUAUCAGGUAAACCAUAGAUGACAUGGAAAGUAGGGAAUAGGAACAUCACAAAAUAAAAUGCUGAAGUUUGAUAUUCUGUGAAUUAUAGACUUUUCAGUAGAAAACACUAAACUCUGAGCCUUAUGUGAACUUUCUUAAAGGUAGGAAGAUUAUUUAUGUUCAUUGCCUGGAAUAUAUACAAAACAAAGCUAAAAAGAUGAACUCAGCAUUUAAUUGAUGUGUAGUUAAUAAGACAUAUCUGUAAUUUGUAUGUUCCAAAAUUAAGCUUAUGCUAUUGUUAAGGUUUCGGGUUGAGGAGGAGACAAGGGACAUUUCUAGCAUUAUUUUCACUGGGUAGAUUUAUAAGCAUUAAUUUUAAAUGCCAUUGUUGGGCCAGGCACGGUGGCUUCCACCUGUAAUCCCAGCAGUUAAGGAGGCAAAGGCAGGAGGAUCAAGACAAGCCUGGGCAAUAUUAUAGUGAGACUUCAUGUCUCCAAAAAUUUUUUUUAAAAAAUGAGCCGAGCAUGGUGUCGUGUGCCUGUCAUCACAGCUACUUGGGAGGCUGAGGUGGGAGGAUCCCUUGAGCCCAGGAGGUGGAGGUUGUAGUGAGCCGAGAUCACACCACUACACUCCAAAUCCAGCCUGGGAGACAAAGCAAGACCCUGUCUCAGUCAGUCAAUCAGUCAAUCAAUAAUAAAUGUAUACCACUGUUUUACUAGGUAAAUAUUUUAUAUUUGUCUCCUGAUGAAGCCUCAUUUUUUCUUACUUCCUCACUAUAGUAUUUAGUGUUUUCUUCAGCAAUACUAAACUGUAUUUAGAUCUACCGCAUAUACAAUUUUUUUUUCUUUUUUCUUUUUUUUUUUUGUUGAAACAGAGUCUUGCUGUGUCACCCAGGCUGGAGUGCAAUGGCAUAAUCUCAGCUCACUGCAACCUCUACCUCCCAGUUUUUCCUGUCUCAGCCUCCCGAAUAGCUGGGAUUAUAGGUGCAUGCCACCAUGCCCGGCUAAUUUUUUGUAUUUUAACAGAGAUGGGUUUUCACCGUGUUGCCUAGCCUGAUCUUGAACUCCUGAGCUCAGGCAAUCCACCUGCCUUGGCCUCCCAAAGUGCUGGGAUUACAGGCAAGAGCCACUGUGCCCAGCUACCAUGUUUUUUUUCACCUCAACACCUUUGCUCAAGCUCUUUCUUCAAUGCAGAAUGUACUUCGUUUACCUGCGUUUGUCUCAUUCUAACUUAAGAUUUGGCCUAGACAUCCUGUCAGAAAGACUUCUUUUCUCAUUCUUCAGUGCACCCAUUCAAUUUUGUACUCUCUGUCAUUAUAUUAGAAUUUUGAGAGAACACCUGGAAAGCAGAAGUGAUGUUCCCAGUACCUACCACAGAGCAUGGCACACAGAGGUAUUCAAUGUACAUUGAAGAUGUCAGUUUCUACAUGUGGGAAGUAGACAUUGAAGGCUUUAUGGUUUACAGACAAGAUCUUUAGAAGUUAAGCACUAAAGGACCAAGGAAAUAAAUACCAGAAAUCAAGAAGAGCACAGACCAUUUUCCUUCAUCAAUCCAUAGAACCCUAAUGCUUCUUUAGUUCCAUCAAACACAGAGGAAUGACCACCAUGGCAGAUGGCAACAGAGGAUAUCAACAAUUUUUUGGAGAGAGAAGAGGUACUCCCUUAUAGGGACUCGUAAAGACAUAGAGCAUCUGGAAAUCAACUGCCUCCAUUACGCUGCUGAGUCACACACAACGCUUGUUAUGUUUUCAUCACUUCUCUCCAGAAGGCUACAUUAUUGGAAUUUUGAAGUCAUGAAAACAUCAGAUGAACCAACCUGCAACACCUUGGAUUCAGAUUGGAAGAUAAAGAGAAAGUUUAAAGAAUGUGGCCUAUAAAGGCGGGUACCUGGAAAUAUUAACCGACUCACACUGUUAAAAUGAGACCAGUUUCUAAACAAUAGAGAUUGUCUUAGUACAACAUCAAGGUUCAAGACAAAUGUUGAACUAAAAACUUUACACUCCCCACCCCCACUUCAGACAGGUACCAGCAUUGGUGAAUUAUGAUUUUCCUUAGUCAGAAGCACUCAUUUUUACCCAUGUAGACCAUCCUUAGGAAUUAAAUAUUGGUUAUUUAAUGUAGAUUAUAAUGGGAAGCUGAUUUUUUUCACAAUGGCAGAUUUCAAGGACUUGGUUCCAAACUGAGCUGAAGCUUCCCAAUGCGUUUUGUACAGUCUGGGAAAAACUGUGCUGCACUGGCCCACUUUUGAAGGCCAUCAUGCUCUGUAAUAUAAGGAUAUCAUCUUAUUGCUGAUAUCUUUGGAAAGUCCCUAGCAGACACAGAAAAUGAAUGGAGGCAAAGAGUGUGACGGAGGGGACAAGGAAGGAGGUCUUCCAGCUAUACAAGUUCCUGUGGGUUGGCAGCGUCGUGUGGAUCAAAAUGGAGUGCUUUAUGUCAGUCCCAGUGGGUCUUUGUUAUCUUGCUUGGAGCAGGUUAAAACAUACCUGCUUACUGAUGGAACAUGCAAGUGUGGCUUGGAAUGUCCUCUUAUUCUUCCCAAGGUGUUUAAUUUUGAUCCUGGAGCUGCUGUGAAACAGAGAACCGCAGAAGAUGUUAAGGCAGAUGAAGAUGUCACAAAGCUAUGCAUACAUAAAAGAAAAAUUAUUGCAGUGGCCACACUUCAUAAAAGCAUGGAAGCCCCACAUCCUUCUCUGGUGCUCACCAGUCCCGGAGGAGGAACAAAUGCAACUCCAGUAGUACCUUCUCGGGCAGCAACUCCAAGAUCAGUAAGAAAUAAGUCUCAUGAAGGAAUUACAAAUUCUGUAAUGCCUGAAUGUAAGAAUCCUUUCAAGUUAAUGAUUGGAUCAUCAAAUGCCAUGGGAAGGCUAUAUGUACAAGAACUGCCUGGAAGCCAACAACAAGAACUCCACCCUGUCUACCCCCGACAGAGAUUGGGCAGCAGUGAACAUGGACAGAAAUCUCCAUUCCGUGGCAGCCAUGGAGGCCUGCCCAGCCCAGCGUCAUCCGGUUCCCAGAUAUAUGGAGAUGGUUCAAUCUCUCCAAGGACUGACCCACUUGGAAGUCCUGAUGUUUUCACAAGAAAUAAUCCUGGUUUUCAUGGAGCUCCCAAUUCUAGUCCUAUUCACCUGAAUAGGACUCCUCUUUCUCCACCUUCAGUAAUGCUACAUGGUUCUCCUGUACAGUCAUCCUGUGCAAUGGCUGGAAGGACUAAUAUACCUCUUUCCCCAACCUUGACUACAAAGAGUCCAGUAAUGAAAAAACCAAUGUGUAAUUUUUCAACUAAUAUGGAAAUACCACGAGCAAUGUUCCACCACAAACCACCCCAAGGCCCACCUCCCCCUCCUCCACCUUCUUGUGCUCUUCAGAAAAAGCCAUUAACAUCUGAGAAAGAUCCACUUGGCAUUCUUGACCCUAUUCCUAGUAAACCAGUGAAUCAGAACCCUGUUAUCAUUAAUCCAACCAGUUUCCAUUCAAAUGUCCACUCUCAGGUACCUAUGAUGAAUGUAAGCAUGCCUCCUGCUGUUGUUCCUUUGCCAAGUAAUCUCCCAUUGCCAACUGUAAAACCUGGUCACAUGAAUCAUGGGAGUCAUGUACAAAGAGUUCAGCAUUCAGCUUCAACCUCCCUGUCCCCUUCUCCAGUGACAUCCCCAGUGCACAUGAUGGGGACUGGAAUUGGAAGGAUUGAGGCAUCGCCCCAAAGAUCACGCUCAUCUUCCACAUCAUCAGAUCAUGGAAAUUUCAUGAUGCCACCUGUAGGACCCCAGGCCACUUGUAGUGGUAUUAAGGUUCCACCCAGGUCACCAAGGUCAACAAUAGGGUCCCCAAGGCCAUCAAUGCCAUCAAGCCCUUCUACCAAGUCCGAUGGACAUCAUCAGUACAAGGAUAUCCCUAACCCAUUAAUUGCUGGAAUAAGUAAUGUACUAAAUACCCCAAGCAGUGCAGCUUUUCCUACUGCAUCUGCCGGAAGUGGUUCUGUAAAGAGUCAGCCUGGUUUGCUGGGAAUGCCUUUAAAUCAGAUCUUGAACCAGCACAAUGCUGCCUCCUUUCCAGCAAGUAGUUUACUCUCAGCAGCAGCCAAAGCACAGCUAGCAAAUCAAAACAAACUUGCUGGUAACAACAGUAGCAGCAGUAGCAGUUCUGGAGCUGUUGCCGGCAGUGGCAACACUGAAGGACAUAGCACUUUAAACACCAUGUUCCCUCCUACUGCCAACAUGCUUCUCCCAACAGGUGAAGGGCAAAGUGGUCGAGCAGCACUAAGAGAUAAGCUGAUGUCUCAGCAAAAAGACUCAUUGCGGAAAAGAAAACAACCACCUACGACAGUGUUGAGUUUGCUCAGACAGUCUCAAAUGGAUAGUUCUGCAGUUCCUAAACCUGGACCUGACUUGCUAAGGAAGCAGGGUCAGGGUUCAUUUCCCAUCAGUUCAAUGUCUCAGUUACUACAGUCUAUGAGUUGUCAAAGCUCUCACUUGAGUAGCAAUAGUACCCCGGGUUGUGGGGCCUCAAAUACUGCUUUGCCUUGCUCUGCUAACCAGCUGCAUUUUACAGAUCCCAGUAUGAACUCUAGUGUUCUUCAGAAUUCACUGACACAGAACAUACCUUUAAGAGGGGAAGCCGUGCACUGCCACAAUGCAAACACUAACUUUGUUCACAGUAACAGUCCAGUCCCCAACCACCAUCUUGCAGGUUUAAUAAAUCAGAUUCAGGCUAGCGGGAACUGUGGGAUGCUCAGUCAGUCGGGCAUGGCUUUAGGAAAUUCCUUACAUCCCAAUCCACCUCAGUCAAGAAUUUCAACGUCCUCCACUCCAGUGAUACCAAACAGCAUUGUUAGCAGCUAUAAUCAAACAAGUUCUGAAGCAGGCGGUUCAGGACCAUCAUCCUCCAUAGCCAUAGCAGGCACCAACCACCCUGCCAUCACAAAGACAACGUCUGUUCUUCAAGAUGGCGUCAUAGUCACCACCGCAGCUGGAAACCCACUGCAGAGUCAGCUACCCAUUGGGAGUGAUUUUCCUUUUGUUGGCCAGGAGCACGCACUUCAUUUUCCAUCCAACAGCACUUCAAACAACCAUCUUCCACACCCCUUGAACCCCAGCCUCCUCAGUUCUCUACCUAUCUCUUUGCCAGUGAAUCAACAGCAUCUCCUAAACCAGAAUCUAUUAAAUAUCCUCCAGCCUUCAGCAGGAGAAGGCAAGUCUGAGAUCAACCUCCACCCUUUAGGUUUUCUCAACCCAAAUGUAAACGCUGCUUUAGCUUUUCUCUCCAGUGACAUGGAUGGGCAGGUAUUGCAGCCUGUUCACUUUCAGCUCUUAGCAGCCUUGCUUCAGAACCAAGCCCAAGCAGCUGCCAUGCUUCCCCUGCCAUCUUUCAAUCUGACCAUCUCAGAUCUUUUGCAACAGCAAAAUACCCCUUUACCCUCAUUAACACAGAUGACAGCCCCACCAGACCAUUUGCCAAGCAAUCAGUCAGACAACAGCCGAGCUGAGACACUUUUAACCAGCCCACUGGGGAACCCUUUACCAAGCUUUGCAGGCAGUGACACUACUUUUAACCCCCUGCUCCUCCCAGCUGUCAAUGGGGCCUCAGGAUUAAUGACCUUGAAUCCCCAGCUGUUGGGAGGUGUCCUGAACUCGGCAUCGGCCAACACCGCUAAUCAUCCAGAGGUUUCCAUAGCAACCUCCUCCCAGGCAACCACUACCACAACCACUACAUCAUCAGCAGUGGCAGCACUGACUGUCUCAACACUUGGUGGGACAGCAGUGGUGUCAAUGGCAGAAACAUUGCUGAAUAUAUCUAAUAAUGCUGGGAAUACACCUGGUCCAGCUAAACUCAACAGUAACUCUGUGGUGCCACAGCUACUUAACCCUCUACUGGGGACAGGUCUACUUGGUGAUAUGUCAUCAAUAAACAAUACUUUGAAUAACCAUCAACUGACUCAUCUACAGUCGCUGUUAAACAACAAUCAGAUGUUUCCUCCAAAUCAGCAACAGCAGCAACUUCUCCAGGGGUACCAGAAUCUCCAGGCGUUCCAAGGACAGUCCACAAUUCCUUGCCCAGCUAACAAUAACCCCAUGGCUUGUCUGUUUCAGAACUUUCAGGUGAGAAUGCAGGAAGAUGCAGCUCUCCUAAACAAAAGAAUAAGCACUCAGCCUGGGCUCACAGCACUUCCUGAGAAUCCAAACACUACACUUGCACCUUUUCAAGAUACACCUUGUGAGUUGCAACCGAGGAUUGACCCAUCUCUUGGUCAACAGGUGAAGGAUGGCCUCGUUGUGGGUGGCCCAGGUGAUGCUUCCGUAGAUGCCAUUUACAAAGCAGUUGUCGAUGCAGCCAGCAAAGGAAUGCAGGUUGUCAUCACCACUGCAGUCAACAGUACAACUCAGAUCAGCCCCAUUCCAGCUCUGAGUGCCAUGAGUGCCUUCACUGCCUCAAUUGGUGACCCAUUAAAUCUCUCCAGUGCUGUCAGUGCGGUCAUUCAUGGACGGAACAUGGGAGGUGUUGAUCAUGAUGGUAGGCUGAGGAAUUCAAGAGGGGCUCGGCUGCCCAAGAAUCUAGACCAUGGGAAAAAUGUGAACGAAGGAGAUGGGUUUGAAUAUUUCAAGUCAGCAAGUUGCCACACAUCCAAAAAACAGUGGGACGGGGAGCAAAGCCCCAGAGGGGAGCGAAACAGGUGGAAGUACGAGGAAUUUUUAGAUCAUCCAGGCCAUAUCCACAGUAGUCCUUGUCAUGAACGGUCCAACAAUGUCUCUACACUGCCAUUUCUGCCUGGGGAACAGCACCCAAUACUGUUACCACAAAGAAACUGUCCAGGGGAUAAAAUUCUAGAGGAAAAUUUCAGGUAUAAUAACUACAAAAGAACUAUGAUGAGUUUUAAGGAGAGACUAGAGAACACUGUGGAAAGAUGUGCACACAUUAAUGGGAAUAGACCUCGACAGAGUCGGGGAUUUGGAGAGCUGCUAAGCACUGCAAAGCAAGACCUGGUCCUAGAGGAGCAGUCUCCAAGUUCCUCAAAUAGUUUGGAAAAUUCUCUGGUCAAAGACUACAUCCAUUACAAUGGAGACUUUAAUGCCAAAAGCAUUAAUGGGUGUGUGCCUAGCCCUUCAGAUGCUAAAAGCAUUAGUAGUGAAGAUGACCUAAGGAAUCCAGACUCCCCCUCUUCAAAUGAAUUGAUACAUUAUAGACCAAGGACGUUCAAUGUUGGCGACUUGGUCUGGGGCCAAAUCAAAGGACUGACUUCCUGGCCUGGAAAAUUAGUAAGAGAAGACGACGUUCACAAUUCAUGUCAACAAAGCCCCGAGGAAGGGAAGGUCUGGGUAAUGUGGUUUGGUCUUCAUACCUUCACUCAGGUGGAGCCCGAGAAGUUGAAGACACUAACAGAAGGUUUGGAAGCCUACAGCCGUGUCCGGAAAAGGAACAGAAAAAGUGGAAAGCUAAAUAACCAUUUAGAAGCUGCUAUUCAUGAGGCCAUGAGUGAACUGGACAAAAUGUCUGGGACUGUACACCAAAUCCCACAGGGUGACAGACAAAUGAGACCCCCCAAACCCAAGAGGAGGAAGAUCUCCAGAUAACAGAGACUACUCCACUAAUGUGCAGUGUUUAUUAAAGGAACAUGCACAGAUGUAUCUGUAUAUAGGUAUUGAUAUAGCCACAGUUAUAUCAAUAUUUAGACUAUGGCAGAUAGCUACCACCACCACAGGGUGCUAAAAGAAACAGUGAUACAAAAUUUUUUUGAUCAGGAAGGAUAAUGAAUGCUGGAAAAGCCAAUCAAAAUCUCUGUGUGAUGAGAGUGAUAAAUGGUCAAGAGAUUACUGAGAAACUCUUUUUCUAUAAUACUAAAUUGUGAUUAUAAGAAAUAGUCCAAAUGUUUCUGAAGAAUUUUCAAUGUUGUAUAUAGAAAAUACAGAAUUUCAUGGUGAUAUCAGAAAUGUAAAUAUUGUACAAUAUUGUCAUGUACAAGCGUACCUAAUGCACACUUUAUCUUUUAUUGUACAAAGAAAUAGUGUACAAAAUUCUUUGGUUUCUAUGGAGUACACCUACCAGAGACUACCAGUGUAAAGUGAUAAAUAAAAAUACAACCUAAAUGCUUUUCUAUGAUAAUGUAAAA